CCUACAGCCCCACCAGAGAGAACAAUGCAACAGUCUAAGGACAGCUAUUAUAAAACAUCGCCAACACAUGAAUGCUCACGCCAUUGAUAUAUUCGGAAAUAUAAUACCUGAAUACAAGGAAAAACGUUUUACCGGGCUGUCAUUGUUAGCUUCCCUGUUGGUUAAUCCCAUAUUAUUUUAGCUAGCGUGCUAACGGGCUCAAUAGCAAAGCAAUUCUCGACGGUACUUACCACAACACUGCCUCGUAUCCCCCUCAACCUCUUCCACUCUCGCUAAGUGGUCAUUCAACACUAGUAUAAAUCCAUCAUCAGGUUCACAUAAGGUUUUACUGGAAAACAGGGGGUAUACAAUUACACCGAAAGGCAGUGUGGCUAAAGUGACAGCUAGCUAGCCUGGUAACCUCUAGCCCGCUAGCCGAAGUGAUCGAAUCUGAAACCCCAGCUGGGCGGGGGGUGGACCCUGAUGACGUCACGUAACCUUAGAAACCAAAAAGUCACGUUAACUAUAUGGAUGUAAACAUCCGGUUGAGUUGGCGUCCGUAGUUACCAACCGAAAACGUAAAAUGUAUUUUAGUAGCGUCUGGUUUGGCUAAAACCCUCAAACAGAAACAACAGCCAGGACGGAUAUGACGAGGGGCACUCUGGAUCGAAGACCCCGGUCUGCAUCGAGUGAGCGGCCAGGUAGCCGGGCAUCGAGCGUGUCCUCAGACGAACUUCAGGUUGUCAGCAGGAGUCCAAGCGGUCUUUCAACCCGCCUUGAUGCUCUGAGGAACGAGAACGCCAACCCACAGGUAUCCACGAUGACCUUAAAUGAUGAUAACUACCUUGAGGAUGAGCCAAGUACAAGUGAAAGCAGUCUCUUACAAAAUCAUACGGACGAAGAUGCCAAGGCUAUGCCUAUUAACAGAAAACAUAGGGAUUGUAAAACUCAAGAAGCACUGGUUGAAAUGGCCAGAUUGGACUUUGUCUUGGCUGCAUCUGAACUGAAGCUAAACCAGGUUAAGUUACAAAGGAAAGAAUGGAGUCAAAAGCGUUGGAGUGAAUACAUGAGUAUACCAAGGACAUAUGAAUCUACUGCCGAAGCUGAAAACACAAAGUCGUUUUUGGCACUGGAAGCACCUCAUCAAGGUAAAAAGAAUAUGACCCAUUUACCAGAGGUAGAUGAUUCUCCCCACUUCAGCCCAAUUGCCACUCCCCAGGGCAAGAGCAAGAAAGACUUUGUGAAGAGAAACAUUGAGCUUGCCGGGGACGCUGGAGGCCCUUAUCGGAUGACACCAGCGGAGAAGGCGCGGCUGGCUGAGCUCCUCAAGGAGUCCGACGAGGAAGAGGAACCCGCUCUCGGAGGAGCCGGCGACCAGGAGGGAGAUCCAUGUGUGUCGUCCUUCGCCACGAGCCACGCCUCCACCCUGGAACCAGCGGACCUGGAGCGCCAGAGACACAUCAAGUACCAGCUGAGCCUCCUCGGCCCGCUGGGCCCGGCGGAAGACUUCUUCCCCGUCUUCCUGACUGGCAGCGAGUCUGAGGCCACUGGAUCGGACGCCAUCUGGGGGCUCGGCGGGGAAAGCUGGGCCAGCAGUAGAUGUGCAGUGGACUACCUGAGGAAAAAGACAGCGGGCGAAGCCUCAUCUCCCAGGGACACAACGGCGGCCGAAGACAUCAACCCAGAGAUCCCACGCAUUAGUGCAGAGCAGCUGCGUUCCCUGUUGGAAGAGGCUGAGCAGUGCCAGAGGUCUCAUCCUCGGCCUCCCAUCUCCAAGGCCAAGCUGGCGGCCCUGCUCAAAGACCCAUACACCACCAGCUUCUCCCACAGCGGCCCGUUCCCCGCCGACGACUAACUGCCGCCAGAGAGGAUUGUGGGUCUCUUCUCGACACAUCCCUGUCCACACACCAAUGGCCAAACAAAAGAUAUGGAUGCACAAUAAUAAAGUUUGUUCAGGACUGUAUGAGACCCAGCUAAUGGAUUCCAGUUGUGUUGUCCCACCAUGGCUAAAUUCAGGUGUUUUAAGUUUCAGACCUAAAGGAAAUGCGCUUUACCUCUCAGACUUUAGCAAUUAUGUCUUAAUGGUUCAGCAUGGAAUAAAAGCAAAGUAACUUGAAUACACAUAUUUUUUUUCCUG